AUGGAAACUACCUGCUUUUUCCUCGCAACGGUUGAAGCCAGGAGACCGCGAUAUUUGGAUCGGGCAUGUCGAGAAACACUGUUCACCAAGUUUCGUCUUAAAGGCAGACAAAAAGGAAGGGGUGCGGGCGGAGGGGGAUUAAAAUUAACACAAAAUGUGGCACGUGAGUAUCAUACUGCAACCCUCCUCAAUUCGGGCAAAGUUCUUGCCAAUGGUGGUUACGGACCGUCCGGUUAUCUUGUUAGUUGUGAAAUAUAUGAUCCAUCAUCGGGCAAAUGGAACACUACUGGAAGCAUGGCAAUGGCACGUGACUAUCAUACUGCAACCCUGCUCAGUUCGGGCAAAGUUCUUGUCACUGGUGGUGGAGGAUCGUCCCGCCAGUUUGCGAGUUGUGAAAUAUACUAUCCUUGA